AUGCCAGUGCAGGUCUGGGAAGGGGCCAAUGCCAAUCGACCAAAACAUCCCCUUCCAACACCCAGCUUUAGCGGACAUGUGAAAACCACUGGGAGUGGAUGGGAAACUCUACUACGACCAGCUGGAGAUCCGGAAGUUCCACAGACAGUUGAGACCUGGUGUCACAGAUGCAAAGAAGACACCAAGACUGUCGAUAGAUCGUCCAUUUAUGUAGACAAAGAUCCGCGAUGGACCAUCGGCAACCAUCCAAUGUAUGUCGAACGAAAGCCGACUUGCAAGAUUUGUGCCGAUCAAGGCCGUGUUGCAAGAUUUGUGCCUGUUGAUGGCAAAAUUCUCUCGAUAUUCCAAACUACUUUGAUUGAGACAUGGAGAGAGUGGGACAAUAAGAAUCUAGACAGGGGUAUGUAUGUCUAUCUUCAGCUUAUGGAACAGGUGGCGCCAAGUGGGAGGACGGCAAGAUUUGCCAAAAGCCGUCAGGAGGCGGGUGAUCCAAAGAAAGCAUUAGUCAAAACGCAGUGA